CCGGUCUUUCUGCCCAGGUUAAACCCCUCGCCGUACUUCCUCUGCUUUUACAGAGACGCGUGUGACGGGGCUUAACGCGCUUUAAGGCCGCCUUAGGCCAGGCCUGGGACGGCUCCGAGCUGACAGCCGGACCGCAGGCGUAUGGAGGGUUCUCCGGAGGGAGAAGCGCCCGCAGCGGCGCUGGCCGCCGUGCUGAAGCACAGCUCUGGGUUGCCGCCUGAGAGCGUCCAGGUCCGGGGCUACGACUUCAACCGCGGCGUGGAUUAUCGCGCACUGCUGGAGACCUUCGGCACCACCGGCUUCCAGGCAACCAAUUUCGGGCGCGCGGUGCAGCAAGUGAAUGCCAUGAUUGAGAAGAAGCUGGAGCCGCUCCCACAAGACGAAGACCAGCACGCAGACCUGACCCAGAGCCGCCGCCCACUCACAGGCUGCACCAUUUUCCUGGGCUACACGUCCAACCUCAUCAGCUCAGGCAUCCGCGAGACCAUCCGAUACCUCGUGCAGCACAACAUGGUGGAUGUCCUGGUGACCACGGCUGGAGGUGUGGAGGAAGAUCUCAUCAAGUGCUUGGCACCCACGUACCUGGGCGAGUUCAGCCUCCGGGGGAAGGACCUCCGAGAAAACGGGAUCAACAGGAUUGGGAACCUGCUGGUGCCCAACGACAAUUACUGCAAGUUCGAGGACUGGCUGAUGCCCAUCCUGGACCAGAUGGUGCUGGAGCAGAACACAGAGGGUGUGAAGUGGACGCCUUCCAAGAUGAUCGCCCGGCUGGGCAAGGAGAUCAACAACCCCGAGUCGGUGUAUUACUGGGCCCAGAAGAACCACAUCCCUGUUCUGAGCCCGGCGCUGACAGACGGCUCGCUGGGAGACAUGAUCUUCUUCCACUCCUACAAGAACCCGGGCCUGGUCCUGGACAUCGUUGAGGAUCUGAGGCUCAUCAACACGCAGGCCAUCUUCGCUAAGCGCUCGGGAAUGAUCAUCCUGGGCGGUGGUAUGGUCAAGCACCACAUUGCCAACGCCAACCUCAUGCGGAACGGCGCUGACUACGCCGUCUACAUCAACACGGCUCAGGAGUUCGACGGCUCCGACUCGGGGGCCCGGCCAGACGAGGCUGUCUCUUGGGGCAAGAUCCGGGUGGAUGCACAGCCCGUGAAGGUAUACGCCGAUGCCUCCCUGGUCUUCCCCCUGCUCGUGGCCGAAACCUUUGCCCAGAAAGUAGACGCCUUCACGCCCGAGAAGAACGAGGACUGAGCGCCCGUGGCCCGGGGAGGCUUCCCCAGCCCUAUUUAUUAGUUUGCAGACCCAGCCCGGCCCCCCCCGGGUCAGCAGCGUCUCUGGAAUAAAUGGUCUAGCCGGC